UUUGUUAUUAAAAGGACAUUACGUUUCAACAUGGCGUCUUAUUGUGUCUGAGCCACUGCGAAGCUAGUUGAAUUCAAUGUAAAAUAAGCAAAAAAAAUUAUUAGAAAUUGUGUUCUAAUGGAUUUAAAUAGCGCGUUUUGCUAUCACGCAGCUUAAGAUACAAUAUCAUGCCUUAUUGGAGGAACAAAGUCUCUAUUUGGAUUAAACUGUUACUUCAUUGUAGAUAGCAUGCUAGCCUUUGAGCUAGGUUAGCCAAUGGUAGCGUUGAAUGAGCUAAUCUUGCUCUAAUACUUUAAAUUAAAGGCAGUUUCUUCUCAGUUUGAAACAAUGUUGGGGUUUUUGACAGCAAGACAGGCAGGUCUGGAUGACCCUCUGCGACUAAGACGUGCAGAGUCAACGAGAAGGGUCCUUUGUCUGAAGUUGAAUCCUGACAGAGAUUUGGACAGGAUCCAUGGAAAUGGCAUCAACACCAUUGACAUUGAUGCAAUAGAGGGCAGAUAUAUGUUGUCUGGAGGUGCAGACGGUGUGAUCGUCAUCUAUGACCUGGAGAACUACAGUGGGAAACCGCAGUACACCUGUAAGGCAGUGUGCACAGUGGGCAGGUCUAGCCGGUAUGUCCACAAAUUCAGUGUAGAGACAGUCCAGUGGUAUCCUUACGACACAGGCAUGUUUGUCUCAAGUUCCUUUGACAAGACCAUGAAAGUAUGGGACACUGAGACACUGAAGCCCGCUGAAGUUUUUGAGUUUGAGUGCAAUGUCUACAGCCAUCACCUGUCCCCCAUCGCCAGGAAGCAUGGUCUCAUUGCAGUUGGCACCAAAAACCCUAAAAUCCAGCUAUGUGACCUGAAGUCUGGUUCACGGAUUCACGUUCUUCAGGGUCACAGAGCAGAGGUCUUGUCUGUGCGAUGGUCGCCCAGAUAUGAGUACAUCUUAGCCACUGCCAGUGCAGACAGCAAGGUGAAAGUAUGGGAUGUGCGACGGGCGUCGGGUAGUCUCUUCACUCUGGACCAGCACAAUGGCGACAAGUCAAAAGCCUCCUCUGAAGCAGUAAAUACAGCCCAUAAUGGCAGAGUGAAUGGCUUGUGCUUCACUGGCGAUGGCCUCUACCUCCUCACUACUGGAACUGAUGACCGUAUGCGACUAUGGAAUAGUGCCACGGGGGAAAACACACUGGUGAAUUAUGGGAAGGUCUGCAACGAGAGUCGUAAAAGGCUACAGUUCACAGUGUCACGUGGCUGCAGCCCAGAGUUUGUGUUUGUGCCAUGCGGCAGCUCAGUAGCUGUGUAUGCCCUCCAUACGGGAGAGCUGGUCACUAUGCUCAGGGGUCACUACAACAACGUCGACUGCUGCGAGUUUCACCCAGACUACCAGGAACUGUAUAGCGGCGGUAAAGACUGUAACAUCCUGGCAUGGGUUCCUGUCCUUCGUGCCUCAGAUGAGGAAGAAGAGUCUAAUCGUGAAAAUAAGGGUGCUACUAGCCAGUCCUCAGUGAACCCUGCUUUUCAGGAUGCAUGGAGCAGUGAUGAAGACUAAAGCCGGUUAUUUGCAUGUGUGGGCAAAGUGGACAUACGGGUGUCUUGACCAAAUGCAAAUGAACACACAUCCUUCAAAAUUAACUGACAAGUUCAGUAACUGCAUUCAAGAUAAUUUCAGGUUUAGGGAAAUUUCUCCUGGGUUAUCAUUGCAGUCAAAGACAAAGGCCUUAGAAUUCAACUGAGUUGUGUAAAUAAUUGUGUCUUACUUUACAAACAUGUACAGUGUCAUAUAUAAUGUUUGUACGUUUUAUAUAGCAUUUUGUUGUUUCACUUCUUUUUUUUUUUUUAGAAUUGAAAGUCUGUGUCUCUUGGUAUGGAGAAGAAGUUUCAUGUUUCUAAUUUCUGUUAACCUGUUUAAAAAAAACAGUUCUGUACAAUAAUUCAUUGUAGUCCUGCGUGACAUCUGCUGUUAUUUGUACGAAUUAUAAUUUGUUGACUGUUUACAGAUUGUGAGGUUUUGACACAAGUAGAAUACAUCUUUUGUGUCAUAUCACAUCAUUCACACACCUGUUAGGAUGCUGACACCAGAUUAUGUUCAGACAUGAAUAUUUAUAUAAGAUUUUGAUUAAAGGGGCAUUGUAGGGUUGUAGGGAGGGGGAGAGAGAGCUUUAAGUGUUCGAAGAAGUGCUGUGUCAGUCUUUCAGUAUGUGUGUUUCUGCACCUAGUUGAGAAGAAACUACCCAUAAUCCUCACAUGGGAGUACCUCGCAUUCAAAAACGCACAUUGUCUUGUUGUCAUUCCUGGGAAAAUUUGCAUUUGUUUAUAAGUUCCGUUGUCAGCUCUAGCUUACAGCUUGCUGAAACUAGUGAUACUGAAACCCCUCCCUCCCCCCCCCCCCCCCCCCCCUCCCAGUUUUACAUUUUUGCUUUGUUACCAUGUUACCAACACUCAGAACCCAAAUGAGGUUUCAAAAAACACAAAUAAUAAUAAAAAUGUGAAACAGUGAUCAUAUUUCUUUUUUUCAAAUGUUUUGUGUCUUUGACACAGGAUGAAUCACUGUAAGACUAUUAGCUCUCAGUUGAAGAACCAAACCAGUGUCCCAAGGUCCCUAAAGAUUAUAUAUUUUUUGUCUUGUACACACAAGGUAAAUAAUAUAUCUUCUGGGACUUCAGGGGCUUCAUAUAAUUGUGAAAUAUACCAUUAGUUUUUGAAUGUGAUUCCUGUGAUUGAGCUACUGUCAAAUCAAAUCUGUUUGAAAUAGAGAAAAUACUAUUUAGAGCAUGAAACAUUUAGAGAGGUUGUAUAUCAAGGAUACUGUUUCUGUCUAUAUCAUCAUAAUUUACUUGAAGUCACUUCUUUUUUUUCCCCAAAUCCCGCCAAGUGUCUUGAAUUGUACAGUUUUUUAAAUUUGUUUGUUGCUAUUAUCAUAAUAAAUGUAAUACGAAACUGGGAA